AUGUCACAGAACUUGACUGAGGAGCAAAUAGCAGAGUUCAAGGAGGCGUUUGCCCUUUUUGACAAGGACAACAGCGGUUCCAUUUCAUCGAGCGAGCUAGCUACUGUAAUGAGAUCGCUCGGACUCUCCCCCAGUGAGGCCGAGGUCGCUGAUCUAAUGAACGAAAUCGACGUGGACGGUAAUCACAACAUCGAGUUCAGCGAGUUUUUGGCACUUAUGUCGCGGCAGCUCAAGUCGAACGACUCAGAGCAGGAGUUGCUCGAGGCGUUCAAGGUGUUCGACAAGAACGGCGACGGCUUGAUCUCCGCGGCAGAGUUAAAGCACGUGCUCACGUCGAUCGGAGAGAAGCUAACCGACGCCGAGGUGGACGAAAUGCUCAGAGAGGUCAGCGACGGAUCUGGGGAGAUCAACAUCAAGCAAUUUGCGGCGUUGCUGUCAAAAUAA